AUGGACUUCUCCCACUUCUUCUCCGCCUCUUCCUCAGGGAAGAAGAAGAAGUCGACCGCCAGCAAACGGCAGCAUGUGGACAGCGCAAACACGCCCAGGUACCUCGGCGUGCGGCGGCGGCAGUGGGGACGGUACGCGGCGGAGAUCCGUGACCCGGCGACCAAGGAGCGGCACUGGCUCGGCACGUUCGACACGGCGGAGGAGGCCGCCAUCGCCUACGACCGCGCCGCCCGCACCAUCCGCGGCGCCCAAGCCCGGACCAACUUUGCGUACCCGGACCUCCCACCGGGCUCCUCCCUCACCCCAUACCUCUCCCCCGACCUAUCCGCCGACCAGCUCCAGCACCUUUACGCCAACCCUCUCCCCGCAGUGCAAACGCCGGCUCAGGCAGCUGAUCAUGGCAUUGCUGGAAACGAGUCGUACCACAGGGCAGCCAUGCCCUACGGCGACGAUUCAAAUACAGGCGGCGGCGGCGGCAAUGCUGGCUUGGACAUGUUCGGCGGGAACGUCGGCGGCGAUGGGUCAUGGUGCCACGCGUCGGAGCUGGAGUUCGAUGCGUACGACGCGAGCGCGUCCCACUCCCACGGGGUGUACUUUGACGAUGGCUACGUGCACAGCCCGAUGUUCUCGCCGAUGCCAGCAGCCGACGAGGUCGACGGCUUCCAGCUCGGCGGGUCGUCGUCAUCAUAUUACUAA